CUCAAGGCUGACUCAGCCUUCCAUCCUCCCGAGGUGGGUAAAAUGAGGGACCCAGAUUGUUUUGGGGCAAUAGGCUGACUCUGUAAACCGCUUAGAGAGGGCUGUAAAAGCCCCGUGAAGCGGUAUAUAAGUCUAAGUGUUAUUGCUAUUGCUAUUCUCCGCUGCUGCUAAGCGAGGCCAAGGCUGCCUUCUGAGGCGAGAUCAGAAUAGUCGGAAUGAAAGAAUAACAACGCCCCGCAGGUUCAUUUGAGUGUGCCCGCUUUCCGUAACCGCCCUCUCCCCGCCCGCCGCCGGUGCAACCCAGGGGCUGGGGUUUGCAAGCCAAAUAAUGCUGCUGCCGGAAAGCGGCCAAGGCGACCACUCGGGCUGCCUCCUACGGCGAGUCACCUGGCUGGCUGGCUGGCUGGCCGCUCGCUCCCGUCCCCCGCUCCACCUCUUGACAGUCGAGGCCGGGGUGGAUUACAACCCCAACGGGACGGACAUGGGAAGGUCGCCGAGUGUCGGGCGGCGCGGCUGAAGGCUUAGCUCUUCUCCGUCAAACCCCCUCUCUUCUCCCCCCCCCUUUCCCCCUCUCCCUCCGCGGGUUGCUGUUUCCUUAAUCCGAAAAGCCGCCUUCGCCCCAAAGCCAUGGAAGAUUGCGCCCUGCCCGACCUGCGGGACGUCGAGCUCAAGCUGGGGCGCAAAGUCCCCGAGAGCCUGGCGCGCUCCUUGCGCGGGGAGGAGACCGCCGUCACCCGCGACAGGGAAAAAGACCGGGAGCAGCCCGGCGGAGGGCCUGGCGUCGCCGGCUUCUCCGCUGCUCGCCCCCCCCGAGCCGCCAUGCUCGGCGGCGGCGGCGGCGGCGGCGGCGGCUCCAGCGCGCUGGAAAGACUGGAGACCAAACUUCACCUCCUCAGGCAAGAAAUGGUUGAUCUCAGAGCCACGGAUGUCAAGCUCAUGCGACAGCUCCUGAUCAUCAAUGAAAACAUUGAAUCCAUCAAGUGGAUCAUGGAGGAAAAAGGAACCAUCACCAGCAGGGGCAGCAGCUUGAGUGGCAGCCUCUGUAGUUUGUUGGGCAGCCAGGAUACCUCCUUGAGAGGCAGCUACAACAGCUUGCAAGACUGUAGUGAUGGACUGGAUGGGAUAUCGGUGGGAAGUUACCUGGACACUUUGGUGGACGAUAUCCCUGGCCAGCAUACUCCUUCAGAUGUGGACCAGUUCAGUGACUCUUCUCUCAUAGAUGACUCACAGCCCCUACAUAAACAUCCCAAGAUGGAAUCCAAUGAGUACUACUGUUUUGGUUAAUAAAAUGAAGAUCUACGAGAGACACGCGUGCACUUGUAUUUAUGAUUCCUCUAUGCUGCUAUUUGAUGUAAGCAUCUUUAAAGCACCUUUAGCAAAGACAAUGUACUUUAAAUUUGCUCCCCUCUCUCUUGGUUGCUGCUCCUAGAUCUUAGUCUCCUUUCUUCCUGGAUGGUUGCCCUCCUUUUGUUAUUUUAAUUUAUUGUGAUUUCUUUCUCCUUUUUUUUAUAAUAUCCUAUUCGACUUCUUUUUUUAUAUAAAAAAUAAAGAUAAAGGAAAUUUAUCUGCAAUCCUAAGUGCAUGAACUUUUACUUAAUUCUGCAUCUUGCAGACAAUAAAACACUUCCAUUAUCUGAAGAUUGGAUAUAGUGUUGGCUGAUGAUAAUUUCAGGUGUGAUUAUUAUUUAAACCCCUUUCUUUUGGGGCAUUCAACCAAAAGAAGCUUACAAAGUGUUUUAUGGAGAUUAAUAAUGCAACAAAAUAGAUUUGGGAAAGAGACGAAUGGUUAUAAUUAAAAAUAUAAAACUUUUCAUAGCUCAGCUGGUAGUUGUCAAGGAAAAUAUUUCAUUGAUAAUUUUAGGAAAGCUCUGAUGUUUGGAAAAUUCAACGGGUCCGUAAGUACUGAUGUUGGACUAGUAAAAAUAGUGGAGACAUUGUUGAAAAUGUUCCACUAUGUUUAUAUAUAUAUAUCCACAUGUGUGUGCACUCGCAAGCACGUGCAUACACUCAAUUAAAGAAUUGUCUAUGACCUAUAAACCAGGAAUUCUUGGAACUCUCUGCCAGGAAAAGACAUGUUGGCCUUCUUCUGUGGUGAAGAAAUUCUGAUUUAAGGCAGGUUCGAUAGUACAUCACUUAUUGAGUUUUAAAUUACAAAGAUUUGGAUUUGUCCUGUUCAUGGUUAAUCAGUAGAAUCAGUUGAGUAGAAAAAUAAGUUUUAAUUUAACAACAAGAUACAUAGAUUCUGAAAUACUGUAUGUACUCAUCGACAAUCAAGUAUUUUAGGUGCCAAAAUCAACCUAAAAAAAUAGAUUCAGCUUAUCCAUGGAUAGACUUGAUCAGAUUGCUACAGAAGAAGGUGGAAGGUCUAGAGCAGGGGUGUCAAAAUUAAGGCCCAUGGAGUCUUUAGAUCUGGCCCCCUGGGCUGCCCUGGAAACAGCGAAGGACUAGCCCACAGUGCCUCUGCCAGCAAAAAUAUAGCUCAGGAUGGCCACACAUGGUCCCCCCGGCUCCAUUUUCAGCUGCAAUGGCCUCCUGCAGCCUUCUGCCAGCAAAAAUGGAGCUCGGGGAGGCGCACCUAUUUUUGCUGGCAGAGCACUGUAGGCUAUUCCAGGUGAAAACAGAGCCUGGAGGAGGGCACCCAGGCCAUCACAGGUGCCCCAGACAUGAGUGACAUCAAGCUGGCCACACCCACCUGGGCCCUCCCACCCACUCACCCCGAGGUCAAACACAACCCUGACGCAGCCCUCAAUGAAAUUGAGUUUGACACUCCUAACCUAGAGGCACAUCUAACCACUCUUGAGUCUCCUCCAUGAAAACGAGGAAUUUUUCAGAAAGGCAGAAGUCUAUAUUCAAAUUAAAUGCAGCAAGGAAGAAACAACUAUAAUGAAAAAUUGAGCCCUAGAGGAAGACCAAUGGCAACAUAUCACUCAGAGGACCAAAAGAAAAAAAGAGUGUCCCUGCCACUGGAGUGAACAAUCAAUUUCAUAUCUUUCUGCUGGAAGAAAGAAAGAAGGAAGGAAGGAAGGAAGGAAGGAAGGAAGGAAGGAAGGAAGGAAAGAAAGAAAGAAAGAAAGAAAGAAAGAAAGAAAGAAAGAAAGAAAGAAAGAAAAGCAUAUGAAGUAGGAUCUUCAUAAAAUAUUCCAGUGAUAGGAAGAAAAGUAGUUCAGUCUGUCACAAAGAGAAGGAUUCUGUCAGUUCACCAAAAAGAAAAGGGCAUGUGGUGAUUGGUGACUGGUGACUCACUUCUGAGAGGAACAGAAUCAGCAAUUUGUAGACCAGACAACCUAUCAAGCAGAGGUGGGAUUCAGUUGGUUCAGACCGGUUCACCCAAACCAGUAGCGGAAAUCGCAGAUAUAGAAUUCAUCAGGCCACCAAGAGCGUAUCUUUGGGGCAAGUCUACAACCCAUUAAGAAUGAGGAAAGAAAUCAGAGUCCACAUGAAGUUCCCAGUCCUUCAGAAAAAAUUGUGUUGGAUUAUUUCUCUGACCAAACAGGUCAAUUUUGGCAUUUUGCCGAAUUCUGACAUUUUCAUAAUUCAUUCCACUGAGGAAAUUUCAUUAUUCUUCCAUUGUUGAACAUAUACUUAUUUUGCUGCUGUUAUAAAAUACAAAAUCAAUCUUCCAUUAGUUUUUUUCUAAUUCAUUAUCCAUAAAUUAUCCAUAAAUUUUGAUAAAAAAAGAAUCCUGGUUUCUUCAGAAUAUUUAUCUUUAAAAUCCUUUGCAUCAUCACGAAUUAGUAUCAAAAAUUUCUUAGUUUCUCACAAGUUCGCAACCCAUGACAAAAUGUCCCUCAAGUUUUACUUGGUGUCAGCAUUCCAGAAAACCCCCAACUCCAAGGGGGUUCCCUGUCAUGUGUGGGAAAGUAGGAGGGGGCAGCAUGGAAGCUUCUGGCCUAAUACGGCGUCGAAAGCUGACACUUGGUUUAAAAUACUUUUAUUCAUGCUGAUAAUUCUUCUGGUGUCAUAUACCAAAGUAUCAUUUUAUUUAAAUAAUUAUUUUACAUUGUGACAGUUUAAAUUUAAUUAGCAAUUACCCACAUGCCCUUUCAAGUAUCUAUCUAUAUAUCAUAUUCAAAAUUAAUAGCCAUUAGUGCAAUCUUUUAUCAUGCGAUCUUUAAUCCAUUUUUCUUCUGUUUCAAGUCUUUCUUGAUUAUUGAUUGAUUGAUUGAUUGAUUGAUUGAUUCCUGAUUGUUUAUUUGUACCCUAUGACUAUCAUUAAGUGUUGUAUCAUUAAGUGUUAAAUUUGUACCCUAUGAUGAUCAUUAAGUGUUGUAAGUGUUGUACCUUGAUGAAGGUAUCUUUUCUUUUAUGUACACUGAGAUCAUAUGCACCAAGGCAAAUUCCUUGUGUGUCCAAUCACACUUGGCCAAUAAAAAAAUCUAUUCUAUUCUA